GAUAGACAGACAGAGUGUACAGACAGACAGAUAGACAGACAGAGUGUACAGACAGAUAGACAGACAGAGUGUACAGACAGAUAGACAGACAGAGUGUACAGACAGAUAGACAGACAGAGUGUACUUUAGAAUCAGGACUAUUUCAGUAUUUGUAUUAAUAAAUGGAUGAGUUUUUUCUCUUCAUCUCAUUCAGAUAUAAGGAAUUGGAAGUGAAAGUCGUUUGUCAGCUCCUGAGCUUCACGUUAGACUUUUUCCACGUCAGCGCUCAUCUUUCAUUUGCAUGUAAAGUGUUUGGAGUCGAUCUCACAGGCUAAUGAGUAGGACGGAGUGUAAGUGUGUGAAAACUCACAGGUUUUUAAGACGUUACUUUUACCGUCGCAUUAAACACUGCAUCACAGAGACGCCCAGUUUUAAUGAAUUUAUUGAGUGAAAAAAGCAUCAAAUAUUCACCGGCUCCCAGGAAAUGAAAGCUCGUGUCACAUGAUCACUCAGGGUUAAAGCUUAGCAUUUUUGUUUCUAUAGCAACAGCUCCUUCACGUGAACAUAAACACACUGGACACAUGAACUGAUUAAAAAAACGUUGGGUUUUUCGAGUCUCAGGCGUCAGUAACAGGAAGUUUUCCAUCAUCUUCAGGACAGAGGAGUUUCUUUGAGACUUUUUUACGCAGAAGUUCCAUUAAAUUUAUUUAAUAAGUUAAAAGAUGGCAGUCGCGGGCAAAUUGCUGCAGUGUGAAAGGAAUAAGAGACGCAUUAUCACAAUUAAUCCAUUAAGUGGAUCAAUCAAGUAGAUCAAAAGUUUGUAACCUACUGAGAUCUGGACACGGUAUCACAGAUCUGUGCUUGUUUUAGGGGCGGGGCUUAUAAUCACGAGUUUAAGUUGAUGUUCUUUCUGAACCGUGGAUUGGGUUUCAAAAAUAAAUGUCUAAUGCUGAGUUCACACUGCACGAUUUUAGCCCUGAUUUUUAGUCGGCGACUAGUUGAGGGCAAAUCAGAGCUCAUGCACGUGUGUGACUAUCACAAUGUGAAUCAGGGGCAAUUCUAGAAUUUUCAUUUAAGGGGGGGGGCUCAGCCCCCAAUGAGGGUAUAAUAGUGAAAAAUAAAUGAAUAAAUAAAUAAAAUAAAGGUUUGACUAACAGGGUAGGAUGGUAAACUUUCCACUGUAUUGCAUAGAUGUGUAUAAUAUUUGAGUACUGAACAAGCCAAAUACGAGUCUUUCUGAUCACACACACACACACACACACUUGAUCCUCGCUCUGCGACGCCGCGGUCUGCGGAUUGAAGAACGCGGUGAAAGACGGGGAGGAGCCGAAGAGCCGCCGUUUUCAUAUGAACUUUAAAGGGGACUGAGGAGAUCACCAAUUUGUGUAGAGUUUAUGGAGAAUCGCAGAAUUGUAGGAGGGCACACUAAAAAUGGCCUAGCGACGCCCAUGGUUUGAAUUAGCAAAGACGCGAUCUGAGCGAGUCGACGAUGCGUCGCUCAUUAAAUAUUUGGCAUGCUAAAUAUCUGGACCUGUCAGCGACUCAAUAUCCUGCAGCAUGAAAGGAGUUCUGGCUGAAAAACACCACGGCGAUGACCUACAUCCAAUGAGAGAGCGAGAUACAGGGCAGCGGUCAGUUCGGGGAGGAGUUAUAGACCACAAUAUCAGCGAGCAUGAUCAUUUGUUGGAGCACAAUAUUAUAGUUUAAUAGACUUUAUAGGUUUUUAUCAGAAAAUGUCUUAAAUAUAGUUAUAUCAGAAUAAAUAAGCUUCACAGUAGCAUCAAACAGAGCCUCCUGGUGAUCCAGCGGCAGGAUCCCGCACCCUCAUUGCCGUGGCCCGGGUUCGAUUCCCGGUCAGGGCGCUAACCCAGCCACUGAAUAGUUUACUCUCAGUGCCGGUCCCAAGCCCGGGUUAAAUGGGAGGGUUGCUUCAGGAAGGGCAUCUGGUGUAAAACCUGUGCCAAAAUGAAAGAUGUGGACCAGGUGAUCUGCUGUGGUGACCCUGGACAGGGAGCAGCCAAAAGAACAACAACAAAAACAUCAAACAGAAAUAAAGCAGAAGCAUUUGCUUGAGCAUCACAUUGUAAAAUUAUUCAUUUGUUCAAUUCUGCAGAACGCACAAUCCUUGUUCCCUGCAUUUCCAGUCUUGAGGAACAUUUCCAGUGUUGCAUGAGAACUCUGACAUCACGUGUGAUCUCCCGUUAUUUCCUCAUUAUUUCUCGCACACGUUCGGUUGUGAAACAGAGUUGUCACCGAUUCUUCAAAAGCCACUAGAGGAAUUUAUAAAAAAGUGUUUAUUAUUGUAGCAUGGCAUCAUAACUAAACACAGUAGAGUAAAUCUGAAAGCAGUGUAAGGUGCUGAAAUCAGGAGUCACUUAUCUUAAUCUUUCAGUAGAAGCCGAUAAAUGAAACCUGGCUGGAUCCAAUCAAGCGCAGAAAUCUCUCGGAGUUUGUUCCACGGCGCUGAAGCUGGAAAAGGGCUGAUUUAAGGAGUUGGUGAAUUAGAGCCUGGGACUGAAGCUGAUUUUCCAUUUUCCAUUUCAUUAUUACACUGCUUUUUUAGGCAGCCGUGUGUGUGUGUGUGUACGUGUGUCUGUGUACGUGUGUGUGUACGUGUGUGUGUCUGUGUGUGUGUGUGAGGAUGUAUAUGAUUUCAUUUAGAUGAGAGAUUCUCAUCCUCUUCAUCAAGAGUAGUGUCAUGUCAUGCCGUGUGUGUGUGUGUGUGUGUACUCACGCAGGAUUGUUUGACGAGGAGGAAUAGUUUAAAUCCUGCAGUUUCAGUCAGACAGAGUACUGAGGAAACCAGCAGGGGAACACACCCUGUCUAAUCUGUCUGCUAACACACACACACACACACACACACACACACAGAGAUCUGGUUUCAGACAUACUAAUCCUGAACUGUUCACAGUGGCUCUGUGUCUGCUCUUACAUGAUGGAGUUAGAAUUCACAGCCAUCCAUGAAAGCAACACUGACCAUGCUGUCCAGGUGGGAGGGGCUUAAUCUCUUUCACCUGUCAAUCAUUCAUUCAAGGGCAAAUGCCAUUAAUGUAAACGUCACAGUGACACCAGACACACCGUGCCUCCUCUAAGCUCAUGUAUGUGGAAGAGGGCAGAUAGCACUUACCUAGCAGCCUCAUUUACACCACAGCAGAAAUCUGUCUCUCUGUCUCUCUCUCUCUCUCAGCUGUCUGUCUCUCUCUCACCUGUCUGCCAGUCACACUCUCUCUGCCAGCUGUGUCUCUGUUUGUCUGUGUAUCAGUCUCUCUCUGCCUCUCUCUCUGUCUGUCUGUGUGUAUUGAGCCUUAACCCCAGCUCCACGUGGUUUGAGCGAGUCAGCAUGUUGGUGAUUUUGCUCAACUGCGUCACGCUCGGCAUGUUCCAGCCGUGUCAGGACCUGGAGUGUCACUCAGAGCGCUGCACCAUACUGCAGGCGUUUGAUGACUUCAUCUUUGCGUUCUUUGCGGUGGAGAUGGUGCUGAAGAUGGUGGCUCUAGGCGUGUUCGGCCCGAGGUGUUACCUUGGAGACACGUGGAACCGCCUAGAUCUCUUUAUCGUCAUGGCAGGAAUGUUGGAGUACUCUCUAGAUGGACACAACGUUAGUUUCUCUGCAAUCAGAACAGUCCGAGUUCUCAGACCUCUGAGAGCCAUCAACAGAGUUCCCAGUAUGCGUAUCUUGGUGACUUUGCUGCUGGACACGUUGCCGAUGCUGGGAAACGUUUUGCUGCUUUGCUUCUUCGUGUUCUUUAUCUUCGGAAUUGUGGGCGUGCAGUUGUGGGCGGGAUUACUGCGAAACCGCUGCUUCCUGGACGAGGACGCGAGGACGAUGUAUAAUCUCUCUCCGUCUUUGAGCGCUUACUACAGGCCUGAAGACUCGGACGACAUCGCCUUCAUCUGUUCAACCAACCGCGAGAACGGAAUGCUGCGCUGCUCGGACGUCCCGCCCCGAAAAGUGGGCGGGGCUUACUGCGAGCUGAACACGCGCAACGUCACGGACAUCUCUUCUCUAGACCCCGCCCAUAGAGGGGGGUGUGUCAACUGGAACGCGUACUACAACAACUGCAGAGCGAGCGAACACAAUCCGCACAAUGGAGCCAUCAACUUCGAUAACAUCGGGUACGCCUGGAUCGCCAUCUUCCAGGUGAUCACUCUAGAAGGCUGGGUGGACAUCAUGUACUACGUCAUGGACGCUCACUCCUUUUACAACUUCAUCUACUUCAUCUUCCUCAUCAUCGUGGGCUCCUUCUUCAUGAUCAAUCUGUGCCUGGUGGUCAUCGCCACGCAGUUUUCCGAAACCAAGCAGCGUGAGAACCAGCUGAUGCGAGAGCAGCGAGCUCGUUUCCGUAGCAACGAGUCCACGCUGACCAGUCUGGCCGAGCCCGGCUCCUGCUACGAAGAAAUUCUCAACUAUGUUUGCCAUCUUCUACGCAAGUUUUGUCGCCACCUUAUUCAUUUUUAUAACGAUGUGUUGCGCAAGAGCAAGAGCGCUAACCUCGGGGAGUCCGCCGCUGUGGGCGGAGCCAAUGGACACUGGAGCAAUAAGGAGAAGAUCGAGCUGACGCGACACCUCUUUCAUCAUCAUCAUCAUCAUCAUCGCCUGGGAAACAGCACAGACGUCCCAGAUAUGAAGGCAGUGCUCCUGAGAGGAGAUAAAUGCCUUCCCACGUACGCGUCCUCCUUCCCUCUGACCGUCCACAGCCUCAAGGGCAUCGGAGUGAACUACCCCACCAUCCUGCCCCUGGCCUUCUUCACACACUCACGUGUUCACCCCGGCUGCACUACUGCCCUCAAGACCAAGAACUCCAACAACAAAACACAGCAUGGUGUGUACCCAGGUGUGUGUUCGAGUGUGUGUGCGGAAGCUGGCAGCCGGCCGACACCCUGCGAGUUUCCCUCCUGCCCGGUUUCUGCUCGCGAGGCCGACACGCUCAGCUCCAACUCCGUCUGUGACUCUGACUCGGAGAAAGAGAGCGACUCGGAGGUGAAAAAAAGCAGCUGGGAAUCCGAGAGAAAUUUCAGCCAGAAGCCGAAGAGGGAGAACUUCCUGGGAGUGUGUGUGCGGUGUGUGAGAGCCGUGCUGAGGAGGAUCGUCGACAGCAAGUACUUCAACAGAGGCAUCAUGAUCGCCAUCCUCAUCAAUACACUCAGCAUGGGAGUGGAGUAUCAUGAACAGCCUGCUGAGCUGACAGAUGUGCUGGAGAUCAGUAAUAUCGUCUUCACCAGCCUCUUUGCCCUGGAGAUGGUGCUGAAGCUGCUGGCCUGCGGUCUGCUCGGCUACAUCAGCAACCCUUACAACAUCUUCGACUUGAUCAUCGUCAUCAUCAGUGUGUGGGAGCUCAUCGGACAGGCGGAUGGAGGUUUAUCCGUCCUGCGCACAUUCCGUCUCCUCAGGGUCCUAAAGCUGGUCCGCUUCCUGCCAGCACUGCGCAGGCAACUCGUGGUCCUGAUGAAGACCAUGGACAACGUGGCCACCUUCUGCAUGCUGCUCAUGCUCUUCAUCUUCAUCUUCAGUAUCCUGGGCAUGCAUCUGUUCGGGUGUAAGUUCACGCUGCGCCUGGAGAACGGGGACACCAUCUCGGACAGGAAGAACUUCGACUCGUUGCUUUGGGCCAUCGUCACCGUGUUCCAGAUAUUAACGCAGGAGGACUGGAAUGUGGUGCUGUAUAACGGCAUGGCCUCCACCUCUCCGUGGGCGGCGCUUUACUUCGUUGCUCUCAUGACCUUCGGCAAUUACGUCCUCUUCAACCUGCUGGUGGCCAUUUUGGUGGAAGGCUUUCAGGCUGAGGGUGAUGCUAGCAGAUCAGAAAGUGAUGAUGAUGGGUUCUCAUCUGACUUUGAUGAUGAAGACCGGUUAAGAGAGUUCUUGAGCUCAGGUUCAGAGGUGAAACUGCAGACUCUCCUGCCCAUUUCUAACGGCCACUUGGAACCCAGAGCCACUAUGCCACCGUACCACGCCUACACUACAGCCACGCCCAGAACCGAAGUGUCUCACGUGGACAACCAAUCACUGCGCAGCUCCAACGCCUCCUAUGACCAGAGGUCUAUGUCCAGUCUAUGGGGGAGCCGCCGAUCCAGCUGGAACAGCCUCGGACACGCCCCUAGUUUGAAGAGGCGUUGCCAAUCAGCAGAGCACGAGUCGCUACUAUCGGGUGAAGACCGGGACAGUUUCGAAGAUGACCGAUCGGAGGAGGAGAAGUCCAGCAGGACAGGCAGCUUGAGCCGAGUUUCACAUCUCGAGUCAUUCGAUUUGCCAGAACUCUUACAAGUCCCGCCCAUACCACACCUCUACGGAGAAUGCAACGGAAGAUUGGACGGAUCGUUUCCUUCCUCUCCGUACACCACGCAACGAGAAACGUCACAUGCACCUACUGAGCAGGAUGAGGACACCGAGGAGAGCUGGUGUGUGAUUCUGAAAAGGAUGCUGGAGCCGUACAAGCCUCAGUGGUGCCGGGAUCACGAGGACUGGUCACUGUAUGUCUUCUCAUCUCAGAAUAAGUUCCGUGUACGCUGUCAGAAGGUCAUCACUCACAGGAUGUUUGAUCACAUCGUGCUGGUCUUCAUCUUCCUCAACUGCAUCACCAUUGCGCUGGAGAGACCGGACAUCCAGCCACACAGCAUGGAACGCGUAUUUCUCAGUGUUUCUAACUACAUCUUUACUGUGAUCUUUGUAGCUGAGAUGACCGUCAAGGUGGUGGCCAUGGGGCUGUAUGUGGGUCCAGGCUCGUAUCUGCAGAGCAGCUGGAAUGUUCUGGAUGGGCUGCUGGUGUUUGUGUCUAUUGUGGACAUCCUGGUGUCUCUGGCCUCAUCAGGAGGAAACCGCAUUUUGGGAAUCUUGCGGGUUCUGCGUCUUCUCCGAACGCUCAGGCCGCUCAGGGUGAUAAGUAGAGCUCCUGGGUUAAAGCUAGUGGUUGAAACGCUAAUAACUUCACUGAGGCCGAUUGGGAAUAUUGUUCUGAUCUGCUGUGCUUUUUUCAUCGUGUUUGGAAUACUGGGAGUCCAGCUCUUUAAGGGAAAGUUUUAUCACUGUGAAGGCUUCGACACCAGAAACAUCACCAACAGGUCCGAGUGUCUGCAGUCCAAUUACCGCUGGGUUCGCAGGAAAUACAACUUUGACAACUUGGGCCAGGCCUUGAUGUCAUUGUUUGUCCUGUCAUCCAAAGACGGCUGGGUCAACAUCAUGUAUGAUGGAUUAGACGCAGUGGCUGUGGACCAACAGCCCAUACGGAACCAUAACCCCUGGAUGCUGCUGUACUUCAUUUCCUUCCUGCUGAUCGUCAGCUUCUUCGUGCUGAACAUGUUUGUGGGCGUCGUGGUGGAAAACUUCCACAAAUGCCGUCAGGACCAGGAGGAGGAGGAGGCACGCCUCAGGGAGGAGAAGAGGCAGAGACGGCUGGAGAAGAGGCGCAGAAAGGCCCUCCAGAGACCGUAUUAUGCAGACUACUCUCCCGCCCGUCUCUACAUCCACACCCUCUGCACCAACCACUAUCUAGACCUCUUCAUCACCAUCAUCAUCGGCAUCAACGUCCUCACCAUGUCUAUGGAGCACUACAACCAGCCCAAGUAUCUGGAGGAAUCCCUGAAAUACUGCAACUACGUCUUCACGCUGGUGUUCGUCAUCGAGGCCAUGCUCAAACUGGUGGCCUUCGGCUUCAGGAGGUUCUUCAAAGACAGGUGGAAUCAGCUGGACUUGGCCAUUGUUCUGUUGUCUGUUAUGGGAAUUACGCUCGAGGAGAUUGACCUGAAUGCCUCAUUACCCAUUAACCCAACCAUCAUUCGCAUCAUGAGAGUGUUGCGCAUCGCCAGAGACUUGUUUUGCAGUGCUGAAGCUGCUGAAGAUGGCCACAGGAAUGAGAGCGCUGCUGGACACAGUGGUCCAGGCUUUACCACAGGUUGGAAAUCUGGGGCUUCUUUUCAUGCUGCUGUUCUUCAUCUACGCUGCUCUGGGAGUGGAGCUGUUCGGAAAACUCGGUCAGUUCUCCACUUCUCCCAAGAAAAAAACAACAGAAGUGAAUGCUCUGAGGAGAACCCGUGUGAAGGUCUGAGCCGACACGCAACCUUCGAGAACUUCGGCAUGGCGUUCCUCACGCUCUUCAGAGUCUCUACUGGAGACAACUGGAACGGGAUCAUGAAGGACACACUGCGGGAGUGUAAGAGUGGAGACCGCUGCUUGAGUUACCUGCCGCUGGUCUCCCCGCUGUACUUCGUGACGUUCGUGCUGGUGGCGCAGUUCGUCCUGGUGAAUGUGGUGGUCGCUGUGCUCAUGAAGCACCUAGAGGACAGCAACAAGGAUGCCUGCGAGGAGGCUGAGAUGGAGGCGGAGCUGGAGGCGGAGCUACAGGCAAAUCGUUGGCAAAAUGCCGCCGCCUCUGCCGGUGAGGUCACGGGGUCUCCUGCGCUCGAACAGGGCGACGACCUUCAGGACAGAAACCUGCUCACAGUCGGGAAGCCAAGUAUAUCGAGGAUGCUGUCUUUACCCAAUGACAGCUACAUGUUUUACCCCAAAGCUGGACACAAACCCAGAGAUCAGCUCUUCUCCAAACAGCAGACCAUCGAUCACACCACAAUUACAGGCUCGUCUCUGUCAGUGAAGUCGGAGUUGUUUGAAUGGGAAUCUCUGCUGCAGGUUCCAGAGCCUCCGCCUGGCCCCACCUCUCAUUUAGAGCCCCUCCCACCGCAUCAUGUAACUCGACAAAAGUCUGUCCGGAUGCUCCAGAGACAGGAGGCGAUAAAGAGCGACUCUGUGGAUUCCGCCAGCCCUGGAUCGAUGGACAACUUAUUUCUGCACCAUUCCGAUUCACUCAAAGUUCCCAGCAUCCCUCUGACCGGAGGCUCCGCCCCUUGUUCUCCUCUAGCCACGCCCCCUACAUGUCGGAGUCGGACAGCCAGCGUCCAAACAAGCCGACGCGUGUACAGCCAGCGCAGCAUCCCGUCACGCAGAUCCACACACACACAACCGGACACGCACAGACACACGUCUAACACACACACCUCAGACGAAGAAGUCAGACAGAUCGUCUCGCCUGCCGAGGCAAAAGACUCCACUGUCCGGCUCCUCAGACGCAGCCACACCUUAUCUCCACAUGUCGCAGGCGCUUUAUGUCUGAAAAGCCAAUCACACAGAAGUAAUAGUACAGGAAGUGACCUUAGAAAGUACAACAGCAUGGACUCCACCCACGGGGCGUGGUCAAACCGGCCGCAAAAGAAAAGCACGCCCUUUAAAACGCAAGAAACUGAAGCGUCUCUGUUGCGCAGGAAGCACAAAAUGAGUCCGCCUUGCGCUUCCACUUCCACAGACCCGCCCACGUUCUCUGAAACUUCUCCAAGUGGCGCAGUUCUAAAAAGACGAGCGCCGUCAUUUGACUCCACGCUGCUCCGGGAGACUUUGGAUCUUCCUGACUCCCUGCUAGUCGCUAAGCCCCUCCCACAACCUCAUUUAUCAAUCCAUCUGUCCCUCCCUUUUGAGCAAUCAAACAAUCGCGUGUCAGACGAGGACCAAUCAUCGCACUGUGUCCUGCUCAACCCCUAAUCAGAGUUAUGGACCUGUUAUGGGCGUGGCUUAUCAUUAUAGGCUGGUUCGUUCAGCCAAUGAGGAUUCAGACCAAAACAUUUGAUGCUAACGUGCACCUUUAAGCUAAGAAUUGUAAAAAAAAACAAAACAAAAAAAAACAAAGAAAAACAAAAAAACACGAUAACGGUAGGUAGGGUGAAAAUGAGUUAUGCAAUUGUUUGUUUAUUUGUUUGUUUGUUUGUUUGUUUUGUUUCCCUAAUCAUGUUGAUUAGAGAUUUGAGAAUAGAUAAACUCGUAUUGUUCUGAACUAUAACGAGGCUCACUGUAGCUCCCUACCCUACGUUCACACAAGCCCGUGACGAGUGGGCGUGGCCUUUAGUUUCGAUGAGAAGCUGUAGUAGCUGUAUAUAACUUCUAAAGCUAGCUAGUUAAUCAGUGUGAAAAUCAUUCGUUUGGUUUAUGUCUUUCACGCUCGGCUUCGCGCUAGCCUCAUUCCUCUGAUUAGAUUAGCAAAGCACGCUAACUGCACUAGCUGUGUACACUCACUAGAGGCACCAUCGAUCUCUGCUACCUCCUCCCUAGCUUUAUUUUUCUACGUCAUGUCUCUGUACACAGGUAAUAAGAGCUUGUAUCUGACAGGAUCAUUCGAAACCACGGUUUUGUUUUUCUUCUAUUUUUCUGUCAAACCGAAGCACAUCGCAGGGAGAAAAUGAAGCUUCGAAUAGGAAAGGAUCGGUCCGAGAACUCGGUCCAGACAAUCGCUUGGAUUUGUCGCUUCGCAUCUCAUUUGCAUGAAAUUAAGAAACCUCAUUUGAGAAGUCGCUGAAAUCGUUUGGUUUGGUGUAGAAAACGUUCUCCUGUCAUUCCGUCGCUCGCUCUUGUGAACGUAGGGUUCCGGUCACUUCACGACAAAUCAGAAUAAUCACGAAGCGGAUCCUGACCGUAACAGAAACCUGUGUGUUAGUAUGAUGGUGUUAAUGGAACCCAGGUCUGGGAAGAAUGCAGAUAAAGCUACUAGAUCCUCAACACAUUUUCUGAGGAGAAAGGUUUUUUCUUGAAGGCAGCGAUGUUGACAGACCAGUUUCUCAGACGAAAUGUCCAACACUGCAUGGCAGAAUCAUCAGGACUGGACGCUGGAGUCAGCAGUUACUCCACAGAGCUCUUAUAUUUAUUGAAUGCAGCACCUAUGAUAUUUUUAUAUUAAAAAAAACUCAAAAAAGAAAAGAAAAAGCCCUAGAGUUUUGCACGCACUCAGACGUUUUUUGACUAGAAAAUGUUGUUUUUUUUUUUGUUUUUUUGGUUGGUUGGUUUCCUCUUGAAACAAACAAACAAAAAAAACCUUUCUAUAAAAUAUAUUCGACAAAACACUUUAUUUAUUUUUCCCCCUCGGGACACCCAGAGAUUCUGCCGCAUGACAUAAAUGAUUGUUUUAUUAUUAUCAAAAUUGUUAAUAAUUGAUUUUAAUUUUAUUGCUUAUUGAUGAACAUUUCAACCCCGUAAUGAUGUGAAGGUGGAGUCAAACACGGGGCGUGGCUCGUACACGCAAAACACGUUAACAAAAACACGACAAACUCCAAAACGCAUCAGCGGUAACGAGGUCCGGAUUAAACAGCAGCCUGCUUCUACUUCUGUUUGAUUUUUUGUUGAUUUGUUUUUAUUUGUUUUGUUUUCGUUUUGUUCCUUUUUCUGAUCGUUCGUUGUCGUUUUAGUGUCAUAAUUAUUUUUCUGAUUUAUUUUGUUUUUUGAUUUUGUUAACAAAUUUUUGUUUUUCGCAUUUUCUAAUUUGUAGCAGUUUUUAGUUUUGUUGGGUUUUUUUGGUUUUGCUGUUUUUUUCUUUGUGUGUGUGUGUGUGUUGCUAUUGUAUUUAUGUUUUAGUUUUCUGCUUUCUUUUUUUUUUGGUUGUUUGGUUGAUGUUGAUUUCUACAUUUUUUGUUGUAUUUUAGCCUCAUUCCAUGCUUUAAAAUGCCUUUUUUAUUCUUGUUGCCUUUUAGAUUUUGUUAUGUUGGGUUUUUUUUUUACUUUUUCUGUGUUUCUGUUUUGUUUUGUUGUGGUGUUUUAUUGAUGUUUUGUUUUGUUAAUGUUUUGUUUUAUUGUGGUUUUCUUUUGUCAUGGUUUUGUUCUGUUGUGAUUUUGUUUUGUUGAUGUUUUGUUUUGUUGAGGUUUUGUUUUGUUGUUGUUUUGUUUUGUUGAUGUUUUGUUUUGUUGAUGUUUUGUUUUGUUGAUGUUUUGUACGUCCAGGCGACUGUCAGUAUGCCAUAAAGCUUCACAGCCCAAAGCCAUAACCUGUAGCUUCUCCUCCAUAAUCUCACGGUGUUCCACUCAUGCUGUUGUUGUAUUUAAUAAACAUUGGUUGUCACUUGUGCAACAACAACAACAACAACUCCAUUAUAAAGUUUUAUCAUGUUGCAGUGCAAAUCUGUGAUUUAUAACCAUCUCACAAAGCAGAAGAAAGUCAACAUUUUUACUUCAAACUCGAUUCUUCCCUCAGCUUCAGACCAAAUCUAGUUGCAGCGUCGCUUCGGUUUAUUUUCAUUUCCAUGUUUUCAUGCGUGAUUUUAAAUCCUUUAAAUUUCUGAAGUGGAAGAAAGACGAUCUGUGGAAACUUAAGGGCUUGUAAAUCAGUGGGUUACGAUCAGUCACGGACCUUCCGCACAUUUCCAUUCCUUUUUUUGUGUUUUGAUAUUGUGAUAAAUUGUCUAUACAAAAAAAAACCUGGAAGAAUUUUGGUGUACGUCUUUGUUGAAUGCCAAAAAGACUGAAAGAGCGACGCUUGGACUGUUCCACCAUCAGAAAUCAGGACUUGUUAUAUUCAGGGCACUGAAACCACGAACAGAGGAAAUCCACUGACUGUGUUUUAAAGACAAUAAAUUUUACUGAAGCCUGAAACACAUCUACGCAAAUCUCUGAAAAAUGGACGACUUCAUGAUCGGAGGGAAAAUGACGCCGAUAAACAUGUCUGGCUUUUUAUUUCACAGUCAGAGUGAUGCAACUUCCUUUAAACUAGAUAAAAUUUCAGAUUUAUAAAAAGUUGUAAAUUUGCUGAUAAACGUUUGAGGAAUCUCUUGUUAGAUUUUCUACAAUUUAUAGAAUUGUACUGAAACAUUUCUUAUUAACUCUUUAGGUUAAAAAUAUAAAUCUGCUGCAGCUGAGUGGCUCCUGGACAACGAGGCAAAAUGACCAGAGGAAUCUGUCAGGAUUAAUAGCUAAAGCAAUAGGAGUAAGUGAAUAAAUAGAAAUAAGAUUUAAGAAAUAAACAACAAUUAAAACUGGUAGAAUUUAUAGAGUGAACGUGAAAACUUCAGAACAUCAUGAUGAGCUACAAUGAUGUUGUUCUCAGAGAAGGACACGUGAAGCAGUGUUGGGUCGAAGCCUGACGUUGAAGUGAUUCUCAGAAGCUUCACAAAUGAAACAUACGAUAUUGCCAAAAGUAUUGGGACGUCUGUCUUUACAUGCACACGAAUGUAAUAUGGAGUUGUCCCGCCCCUUUACAGCUAUAACAGCUUCAACUCUUCUGGGAAGGCUUUCCACAAGGUUUAGGAGUGUGUUUAUGGGAAUUUUUGACCAUUCCUCUAGAAGCGUGGUCAUUUGUGAGGUCAGGCACUGAUGUUGGACGAGAAGGUCUGGCUCACAGUCUCCACUCUAAUACAUCCCAAAGGUGUUCUAUGGGGUUGAGGUCAGGACUCUGUGCAGGACAGUCAAGUUCCUCCACACCAAACUCACUCAUCCAUGUCUUUAUGGACCUUGCUUUGGUCACUGGUGUGCAGUCAUGUUGGAACAGGAAGGGGUCAUCCCCAAACUGUUCCCACAAAGAGCAUGAAAUUGUCCAAAAUGUCUUGGUAUGAAGCUGAAGCAUUAAGAGUUCCUUUCACUGGAACUAAGGGGCGGAGCCCAACCCCUGAAAAACAACACCUGAACUCAAUGAUCUGGAGGGGUGUCCCAAUACUUUUGGCAAUAUAAUGUACAUCCAAGUGGAAGAAUCCGGCCAGGAGAAUGUAGUGGAGUGGUAAUCAAAACAAUUUGUUAUUGUAAAAUGCUCAGGAAUUAGUUUUAACUGAUAAAAUGAAAUUAAUGUUGUUUUUUUUGUGUAAAAAUUAAUUUUUAUUACUGAUCUAAAAUUUAUAUUUUGUUUUAAAUCCUUCAGUCUCUCAGUUUAGAAGUAAAAUAUCCUGUAACCUAUAUUUACCCCAGCUACACUUUGACUAGCUUGGUUACUGGAAUCGACGCUAACCUAGCAUUAGCAAAGAAACCAGGCUUAGCCAAAUAUAGCUAGUCAAUGUUAGCAAAUUAGCAAAGACUCAAUAUUUCACUCCAUCUCUAGAUUACCACUUGCAGUGCGGUGGAUUGUACAUCUUCACACGCACAUAAUUAGCUAGAGCGCUAAUGACACUGUGCUUGACAAGGUCACUGAAGAUGAAGAAUUAGGAUGAUCCCUAAUGAAUUUCAUUGGCCAUGAGUUCAUGUGAGUGAUGUGUAGAAACCUUCAGGAUUUAAAAUGUAAGAAGGGAAAAGUUGUUUUGUUUUUUUAUCUUGGAAAUGUAAGGAAGUUAGAGAAGGUGUUCAGUUUCAGUAACAUUCAAGCAGCUGAGAUAUUACAGGAGUGUAUUGAGUGAAGCACGGCUGAAGAUGCUGAGUACAGAACGAUACGAAUUUAUGAACUUCUAUCUAAAAGGACUUCCAUGUCUGAUGGUGUAGAACUCCAGUCUCAUGUGUACGGCUUCAGCAGGCUGUUCUUCUGCUCCAUUCAUCCUGAGCAGGACGAUGACGAGGCGCUGCCGUGAUUUACUCGGAAAUCGUCUCUCCCCUAAAAUUCCAGAGGUGUUCAGCUGGAUUGAAGUAUUUAACUUUAUCUAUUAUAGACAGGCUGCAGGUUUAGAAAAUGAGUCCACAGCCUUGAUGAUUAGAAUUAGUGUCUCAGUCCAGAACCUCGUUACCUCAGAAAAUGUGAUUUCAUGCUGUGUUUGACUGAAGCUCAUAACUCUAGGAAAAACACACAGGGAGCUGCCUCUUUACUCGGAAAGUCAGUAAGUCGUGUUCCUGGAUCCUGACACCGUGUCAGCAUGUCUGCUCCGAGCACCAGCGUAAAGAAAACAGCACUAAAUAAUCAGAACACUAGUGUUUAUAUCAGAGCCAUCAUCUUCAUCAUGGUUAAAUCUGUAAAGGUUUGCUAGUCGCUAACAAAAGUGCAAGCUUUCAUGGAGGCGUGUGUUUCUUUCCCCACUUUGUAGCUUAAAAAAAAUUACAUAAUUCCGAGUUCAGGCGUCUCAGUUCUAAGGUAAGUGGAAUGCAGUAUAGUUUUAUAAAUAUCCUGGAUCUCGUAGGAGAUCUUGGCUGAUGCUUGAGCCGUGUCCUCACCGCUUCCUGAUACUUCAGUGAAAUGUUUCAUAUCUUGUAACUUUCUCAGUGUUUUCCAGUAACAAAAACACGGCUCUGCUAUGAUAGAGUGUUAGCGUCAGCUCUCUGCUGCCGCUCUUCAGCUCGCUGUGUAAAUUGGCCGCGCUGCAUCAAGUGCUACUCUACGUGCUGCUGAAUAAUGAGCUGUGGAGAUUGUUCUGCUGUUCGGUUAGACUGCCGUGGACUCGCAAUACUCAAGACUCCUCCGUUUAUUUCAGUGCUCGCUGUCACUUCUCUUAUUUAUCAACAUCCAUCCAUCCAUCAUCUAUACCCGCUUUAUUCCUAAUUUGGGUCACAGGGUCCUGCUGGAGCCUAUCCUAGCACACAUGGCAGGGGUACACCCUGGACUGUCCAUCACAUAUAGACAGACAACCUCACACUCACUCCUAUGGGAGUUAUUAGAAUCACCAAUCAACCUAAUGUACAUGUUUUUGGACUGUGGGAGGAAACCAGAGUACCCAGAGUAAACCCACACAGGCACGGGGAGAACACGCAAACUCCACACAGAAAGACGACUGCCUGUUCGAACCCGGGAUUCCAACACGGGACCUUCUUGCUGUGAGGCAACAGAGCUGACCACUAAGCCACCAUGCUGCCCUAUUUAUCAACAUAUUUGUUAUUAUUUAUUUGUUCGUUUUGUCCCAUGUUUAAUCUGUAUUACAUCAUAAUGAGGUUUCUAAAGCAGGAAUUUAGCAGGUGCUCCAAUUAACAUCCAUAAAACAUAUUUUUCUUUGUUAAUGGGAUCUCAGGAUUCUCAGCUUCUUCCACACUAAAAUCCAGGACUACAAAAUCAGGACUUCCUGGUGCACGGAUUUAUUUCAUGGGCUGUUUGUUUAUAGGCGUGGCCUGUGCUAAAUGCUAUUAGAAUUGCUUUAGGGGAAAAAAUGUUAGGGGGGGGGGGCACAAAUUGCUUUGAUAAUUGUUCAAUUUUGUCCCUCAUUAAAGUUACACACAUGCACACAGUCAUUAACACUAACUGUAUCAGUCCCAGAGGGAACAUUAGACAUCAUCAUCAUGGAGGCUGAAAGGAUUUCAGGACUUAUUCAACAUAUUUACAUAUUAAAUCUGUUUUUGUUUUGUUUUUGUUUUUUAAACCAAACGCUAAAAUUAAAACAGAAAGUGAAGCAUUCUAUGAAAUGAUUCUUAGAUUUUAUUUAAUCAAAGCGUAUAUUUCAGUUCUUUUCUUUCAGAUCUUUGGAGCUGGAUUGUUUUGUCCAUUCUCUGU